AUGGCGGCAGCUCAAAAACUUUACCCACGAGGAACAGUCAAGCGCAUUGUCAAAGCCCACUCCAAUCGGAGCGUGAGCAAGAAUGCCGACAUUUUGAUCUUCUUAGACUAUAUGCUAUUCAUGCAAGAGUUAAUGCGCGAGGCAUCGAUUCAGUCGCGCAAGUCUGGCGAAAAAAACAUUUCAGCGAAUACCGUGCGCAAAGUGACUGAGAAAACACUGCGCAAAUUCCAGGGAUAG